AUGAACUAUGCUAUGAUUGAGUUAGAGUGUCUUGGACUGGUAUUUGGCUUGAAGAAAUUCCACCAGUGGGUAUAUGGGAAGAAAGUCAAAGUAGUUACAGACCACUUACCAUUGAUAGCUAUAUGUAAGAAACCCUUAUUUGCUGCACCUGUUAGGUUACAGCGGCUGCUCUUAAGCAUUUCACAGUAUGAUAUAGAUGUCACUUAUAGGCAGGGAACUCAGAUUCCUUUACCAGAUACUUUGUCUAGAUUCCCGGUCAAGGAUACAGAUCCGUCCUUGACAGAAACUGUAGAAGUCCAAGUUAAUAUGGUCAAAAGAAGCUUACCAGUAAGUGACCGGAAAUUGCAAGAAAUCAAGGUCAAUACUGACUGGGACGAACAACUUUUGUCUCUGAAGCAAGUCAUUAUUGAAGGUUGGCCUGAUGAAAGAAAUCACUGCAAGUCAGAACUGCUUGAUUUCUGGAAUUAUAGGGAUGAGCUUACCGUCAUUGAUGGGGUAAUCAUGAAGGGUCACAAAAUUGUUAUUCCUAAAUCCCUAAGGGCAGACUUGUUGUCAAAACUACAUUCUUCAAGUCAUAUGGGAAUAGAGAAAACAAUAAGUAGAGCAAGUGAUAUUGUUUUCUGGCCUAGAAUCACCCAGGAAAUUAAAGAUCUCGUUCUGAAAUGUCCUGUAUGUUUGCAACACAGAGACUCAAACCAGAAAGAACCGCUUGUCUACACCCAAGUUCCAGAAUACCCAUGGCAGGUAGUUGGCACAGACCUAUUUGAGUUCAAUGGCAAAGACUUUUUGAUAGUUGCUGACCAUUAUUCACAUUACUUUGAGGUCAAAGAGCUGCCUAACUGUAGAAGUUCUACAGUUAUAAGUAGGCUCAAGGGCAUAUUUGCUAGAUUUGGCAUACCAGAAAUUGUAGUAUCUGAUAAUGGGCCAUGCUAUGCAUCUCAUGAGUUUGCAAACUUUGCAAAGCUCUGGGAUUUUACACACAAGACCACAAGUCCUUACCACAGCUCCAGUAAUGGUUUUGCGGAAGCGUACAUGAAAGAAAAUUUGCAAGCGCAUUUUCACGAAGGUCAGAGCAUCAGGCACCGACCCAAUGAUAGGAAUACAAGAAUAUAG